CACGAGGUUGAGGACGAUCGCUAGGCUAUUUACAAUCGCAGUUUCGAAGGAUAAACCGCUCGUCUCUCGUGCCCGCGUCGUCGUAGCAUAGUUCUACGUUGUUCGUCGUGCCGGAUUUUGAACAUACGAAAAUAAUUCGAUCCUUAAGAUCACCUGUGUGCAGGAGGAGUCGAACGGGAGGACAAUUUGAUUUUUCGCGUUCAGUGACGGUAUGGACACGAUAAUACCAGUGAGCAAAGUGAGAAGUGAUAAGAUCGUGAUGACCAAAUGAUUCGAAGACGAAGAGUCACGGUUAACGCCGGACCGCGUGAAAUCAUUCGUCGGGAAGUCGUUGAACGGCAAGUCGGAUACGAGUGACUGGUAUCGAGCGAUCGAGAGCCAACAUGUAAAUCGCACACGCGUCGGAUCCGUUUGUUUUUUUGUUCUUUUAUUUAUUUUUUCGUUUGUAUUCGGUAAUUACUUUUUGUGGAUAUCCACGCUUGAAUUGUGCGGAUUCGCGAUUAUUCGGGACACCGCGUCGGUGGACGCACUGUGUUGAAGAGAGGCCGCCGAUUCCAGCCGCUUUCGGAGCAGCCCAUCGUCAGCCAUCGAAUCGUAAUCGUCGUCGUCGGCAUAUCGUCGAGGCGAGGGCGACGAUGCCGCACGCGGUGAUUCACUCGACGUCGCACCAGGUGGAGCGAUUGGGGUUGAUCUGGACUUUCGUACCUGCCGUACGUGCGAUCAUAUGAUAAAUGUAGAACACGUUGUACCCCGGCUUUUUUUAUUUUUUACUUUCUUUUCGUUCCGUUCGGUGUCCCCCUGCCCCGUAAUACCGCCCUCGCCCGCGAACGUUUAUACGGCAACACACGUGACUCCCGUUUCGCGCGUCAACCGAGGCAUCGUCCAUGUGCUCUACGCGAGGAAACCCGUACCAGCGGUUGUCGACGGCUGAAAGGAGGGAGGCGCGAGACGUCGCUACUUGACGCACGUGUUUCCGCAGCGACGUUCCAACGUUUUGCGAGUUUUUCGGUGGUUUCGUUGUUUCGUAUCGAAAAAGUGAAAAACGGGAACGAACACCACGAUACCUGCAGGGGUAGAUAGACUGUUACACGGGACUUCGCGCGCGCGCGAGCGCGUUUAAUGCGCACCUAUGUGUAUAAUAUCUCCGGUUGUGCGAGGUGUGUAGUAGGUCGUCUUUGUCCCUUCUGUUACGGACAAGUGCUGUGCUCGGGGGAAAAGGGACGACGAGCGACACGCGACCUUCUUUCAACGGAAAGGCGAGCGUCUACGCGUGAGAGAGAGGAGCAGAAGAUCGAGAGACAAUAUGAGUGAGAUGACGAGUGUGGAACAACAACAGCAACAGCAACAGUACGUGGGCGGCAGUUCGAAUCCGGAGCAUCAUUGCAAGGACUGCGGCCUCUACUUCGAAAGCGAUAAAAGUCUCGAGGUGCACCUGCGAUACCACCAGGAGAACCUGCUAAGCCAGUGGGCGAGUCAAGCACAGCAGGAGGAGAGUAACAACAACAACAGUAAGGCUGGCAAUCACAACAGCCACGUGGGCGUCAAACGCGAGAGCGUGACCGCGCCGGCGGACUCGAGCGAGUCUUCCUCGAGGCCGCCCUCUCAGGAUCCUACAUCCUCCCAACAACAGCAACAACAAUCGCAGCAGCAACAGCAACAACCAUCGCAGCAACAGUCUGCCGGUCAAGGUUACAAUCAUUUUCAGACGCCGAUGUUCGGCGAGACGAAUUAUUUUAUGCAAAACGAACCGGCCUAUAUCUUGCCCCAUCAUUACUCACCGCCGCGAGAAGAUACGCAAAACAAUGGCGGUGGUAGUGGUGGAGGCGGCGGAGGUUAUUCGCGCUACCAUCCGUACCAGCAUCAGCAACACUUUCCUCCGGAACGCACCAGUUCGGUCAGUUCCACUAGUCCAAGGAGUCCGCCUCUUCAAUGUGAUAAGUGCGGUGCGGUGUACGAGGACGCGAAUCAGCUCGGUGAACACGUGAGGACGAAUCAUUCGAAUUCACCCAGUGGUGGAUAUCAUGGUCAACAUCAAUAUCAACAAUUGGGCAGCAGUCCUCAACAACAGAGUCAACAACAACAACAGCAGCAGCUGCACACAUCGUCGCCGCAAUCCGGCCAGCAGCAACAACAACAGUCUGGCUACGAUUACAAUGGUGGACAAGCUGUGAAAACGGAAGUGAAGCAAGAACCGGAGGAACAAGCCGAGAUUCUCGACCUGGAUUCUCACAAAGUUCAAACUCAUAGGUAUGAGGAGGAACUGAUGAGGCUCCAUCAACAGCAACAACAGGAAUUGCAAAUGCAGAUGCAUCAGCAGCAGGUGAUGCAGCAACAGCAUCAGCAACAGCAAAGGGCGGGAUCGCAUUCGGUGAGUUCUAUGUUGGGUUGGCCACCGACUGCCCAGCCUCAUGAUUAUCAUCCUGGGUUAUCGCCGAUGGGCCCUAUGGACAGUGUCUCACCGCUCCCAGAUCAGGGUCAAUUCAUGCGCGGGCAACAUAUGCCCGUUGAACCGCCACGACAUCCGGGUUCACCUAUCAUUACAAGCACGCAACCGAUGCCCGGUCAUCAGAUGCCUGCAGGCCUUCUGCAACAGCCUCCGAAACCGCCGCCCUUGGCCAAUCAAUCAUGGAAAAGUAAUGAGGCGCGGAGACCAAAGACCUACAACUGCACCGCGUGCAACAAGUGGUUCACCAGCUCGGGCCAUCUGAAAAGGCACUACAAUACGACGCUGCACAAGAACGCGGUCAAGCAGAGCAACCAACCGGAUCCAGCCAACCUGCCUAUCAGUGCUCAUCACCAUCCUGGUAGAGAUAAUCAUUCAGGUAGUGGAAGGGGCGGCGGGGGACCACCAAGAUCACCAGAAUUAUCUUCUUCCGGGAGUCCCCCAAACUUGAUGGCAGGUCCCUCGGGAGAGGCGGCGAGGGGCCUGCUUCACACGCCCACCACCACCAGUCUCUACAGCAACAACAAUUCCAACAACAGCAACAGCAGCAGCAGCAGCGAAUCUUCGGCGGUGGCGGUCCUAACGCAACAACACCAGCAGCAGCAGCAACCGCCUUCGUCGGUCCACUUGGGCUCCACAAUGGUGCCGCCGCUCAAUUCCCCAGCACAAUCUCCAAUGGCGGGCCACCAUCAGCAACAAAUGGGUUCCCCAUCCCCUCAGUUGGGCCACCACCAGCAACAGCAGCAGCAACUUCAUCACCUGCCAAUGGGUUCGCCGUCGGGCCAACUUCCGGUCCACCAUCCCAUGAGUUCGCCCAUGUCACCCAUGCACCCACCGCCGGCGCCCCACCUGAGUUCGCCUUCGCCAAUGGGCUCGUCCCACCCGCACCACAUGAGUUCGCCGUCUCCCAUAACGCCGGGCUCGGUCCACCCAGUAAUGGCUUCGCCCACGGCGAUGGGGGGUACUACGAUGCCUCAUCAGCCGUACCCAAACGCCUUGCCCCCCCACGUUACAACUACUACCAACAUCCCGGGCCUGCUGGAGUCUAUCACCAUCCAGCUAACUACUACUGGUAAUGAGAUGCCGUUAACACUACCGGUACAAUCUCAACACCAGCAAGCUCAGCAGCAGCAGCAGCAGCAGCAACAACAACAACAACAACAACAACAACAACAACGCCAGCAGCAGCAGCAGCAGUCUCAGGAUGUUUUACCUGGUUUCGGCACCUUCAGUAACCAUCAGAGGGCAUUGCCGAAUUUUACACAGUUCAACGUCACCGGGUUUCUAAUUGGCCAAAAUCAACCUCAGGCCGUUAACGUGGGGGGGCUAAGUCCGGAGGAGAACACGUCUCCUCAAGAUCGAUCAUUUGACUCGCCUGGAUCGAACUACGAUCCGUACAGGAGUUCACCGCCUCGGUACGAAUCUUUAACGAACAUGGACAUAGAAAUGCCAAAUACCGACGGUAUGAUCAUCAAACAGUACGAGAUCCAGACGCAUCAUAUGUCGCAUCAGCUCCAUCAUUCUCGAGACAAUCUCGAGGCGAACAACAAUCUACCGCAGCUCAUUCAAGCGAAGGAGGAGCUGAAUCCGAAUGUCGGUAGACAAUUCGAGAAGGAUCACAAAUCGAAAGGGAACGCCGUGAUCACGAAGGAGCAUCAGGUGACCAGCACAAACACCGGCUCGCACUAUAUUUCCCAGGACGGCUUUCACAAGUGCAUCGAGUGCGACAAGGUCUUCAACAAGGCCUGCUACCUGACGCAACACAACAAGAGCUUCCACUCCGGGGACAAGCCGUUCAAAUGCAAUCAGUGCGGCAAGAGGUUCCCCCUCGAGUACCUGCACGCGGAGCACUUGCAGAAGCACGCCGGCGACAAGCCGUACAAGUGCGAGAUAUGCCCGAAGCAGUUCAACCACAAAACUGACCUCAGGCGGCACAUGUGCCUCCACACUGGCGAAAAGCCGUACGCCUGUGAUAAUUGCGGCAAGGGAUUCAUCAGGAAGGACCACAUGAUGAAGCACCUCGAGACGCACAAAAAGAAAUCCAACAACCACAACGUCCAUCUACGGGCGUGAUUUCAAGCCCGACCGUUGGAGACGUGCAUCGUCGCUGGACAUGGCCGUUGUCCGGCGAUCCACGCCGUCAUGGUCUUCAGUGAUUGUUUAUCGAAAGGUGAGAUCGUAAAUAUCGCGAGUACGGUCGCGCGGUGCGACUUGAAAAUCGAACUUCGCGCUUAUAACGAUCAGAGACACUGGGACUCAAGUGCACACCCGUUCGAUCGUGAUGAAAAUUUGUAUUUAUUAUAUAGUUCUCGGUUAAGAAUAAUCUCUAUCAUCCGAUUUUCACUCCACCGGUUCGAAAUUCUCCGCCUAUCACGCCCUUGAAAUCGACAAGAGGACAACAUCCUUUCAUGCACGUGUUAUUUUCGUUUGUAUCUAACAGAAGGGAAUAUUAUUACGUUCGUUCUCUUCAAGCCAGAUUCAUCGAUUUGAUCGUUGUAAUUGUUUCGAGUUGAAAUUUUGUCGCGAAUUCGUCGGUGAAGAGCAACGGUUGCUCGGAAAGGAUAUUGGUUUUUUGCUCAACCUGCGUAAUAUUUAUUUGACGUCCACUCUCGGGAUCAUUGAAUCGCGAUAUUUUACACGUUUCGACGAGCGGAUUCGAUAUUAUUUGUAGAGCCGUGACGCGUGGCGGGCUAUUCGGAACUUGAACGCGGUUUUCCGUGUCUCGGAGGAUCGAUCGGUUUUCAAUUUAACAAAAAAGAAAUCUAUUCUGCAUUUGCAUAUCCCGUGACUCGCGAUACACGGAGUUGAUCGUGAAAAAUUGACAGGAGAACUUAUUUUUUUUCGUUCUCGCCGUCGAUUGCUCGACUCGGUGGAUCGCGACAUCCGUUUCAAAAAGACAACACAAAC